AUGAGCUCGGAGAAGUUCAUUGACGGCCUGGUGCUGGAGCUGAGCAACCCCAACACGCGGGAGCACGCGCUGCUGGAGCUCAGCAAGAAGCGGGAGACCUUCCCGGACCUCGCGCCGUACCUGUGGCACAGCCACGGCACCAUAGCGGCGCUGCUGCAGGAAAUCGUCAGCAUAUACCCCAUGCUGUCGCCACCGACGCUCAGCGCGCAGGCCAGCAACCGGGUGUGCAAUGCGCUCGCGCUGCUGCAGUGCGUCGCCAGCCACCAGGACACGCGGGCGCUGUUCCUGAGCGCGCAAAUCCCUCUCUUCUUGUAUCCCUUCUUGAACACCAUGAACCGCUCGCGGCCGUUCGAAUACCUGCGGCUGACCUCCCUUGGCGUCAUCGGGGCGCUCGUCAAGGUGGACGACCGGGUGGUCAUCGACUUCCUCCUCGGCACACAGAUGAUCCCGCUGUGCCUCCGCACCAUGGAGUGUGGCUCGGAGCUGUCGAAAACCGUCGCCACGUUCAUCAUUCAGAAGAUCCUGCUGGACGACUCGGGCCUCUCUUACGUGUGCAUGACGGGCGACCGGUUCUUCCGCAUCCACCACAACCUCGCGCUCAUGCUGUUCGGCCUGCAGCAGCAACCCUCGUCCCGGCUCUUCAAACACAUCGUCCGCUGCUAUCUCCGGCUCUCCGACAACCACAUGGCCACGGAGGCCAUGCGGCGCAGCGAGAACUUCGUCGAUUACCUCUGCCACCCCGCGCUGCUCGAGGAGACGAAGGAAGACGCCACGACGCGGCGAUGGCUGGUGCAGCUCCUGCUGAGCAUCGGCGCGCACGACCACGCGCGGAACGUCGGCGCGGAGUUCAUCAACGAAGCCAUGGCCGCGAACGCCCAGCGGCAACGCGAGCUGCAGCACCAGGCGCAGACCAGCGCAGGCCCCGCAACAUCCGGCGCGCCGCAAGCGACGAACGCGUGA